AUGGCCCCCCUCAGAAAGUUUGCUGCUGUGGUACUACUCUCAUGGUUUGUGUUAUCACUCUCAUUGUUUCUUAGUACGAGAGCUGAGGAACUCAAAUCUUCAAAACCUUGUGAUUUUACAGCUAUCUUCAACUUUGGUGAUUCCUAUUCAGACACUGGCUGCAUGUCAUCAGCAUUUUACCCAGCAGUUUUGCCUUACGGUGAAACUUUCUUCAAUGACCCUGCCGGUAGAGCUUCCGAUGGCCGCCUUAUCAUAGAUUUCAUUGCCAAGCACCUCGGUUUCCCAUACUUGAGCGCAUACAUAAACUCAAUUGGAACAAGUUAUAGACACGGGGCAAACUUCGCUGCAGGAGCAUCAACCAUUAGGCGACAAAACAAGACUUUCUUUGAUGGUGGUAGUCCUUUCACUCUUGAAAUCCAAAUUGCACAGUUUAACCAGUUUAAAGCACGCACUGGGAAGUUCUUCACACAAGCGAAGAAAAAUUCAUACAGAAAGCACUUUCCCGGGCCAGAGGACUUUGCAAAGGCUAUUUACACACUUGACAUUGGGAUAAAUGAUAUUGCUGAUGCUCUUCAAAAUGUAGGAAAGGAAGAUUCUCAAGCAGUGAUCUUAGAUAUUGUGGAAUAUUUUUCAAACCAAGUUCAAAAUUUAUAUGGACUUGGAGCAAGGACAAUUUGGAUACAUAACGCAGGCCCCAUUGGUUGCUUGCCAGUGUCCAUGCCAAUGCACAAUGCAUAUAAUAUUACUCUUGUGCCUGGUUUUCUAGAUCAAAACGGCUGUGUAAAUUAUCCAAACGACAUGGCCAAAGAGUUUAAUAAAGAGCUCAAGAAAAUAGUGGUCAAACUAAGGGCAACGCUCCCUGAUGCUUCAUUAACAUAUGUGGACACGUUCUCCGCUAAGUAUGAACUAAUCAGUAAUGCUAAAAAAGAAGGAUUUGUUGACCCAUCUAAAAUAUGUUGUGGGUAUCAUGAGAAUGGUAAUCACGUGUCUUGUGGGAACAAAGCAAUGAUUAAUGGUAAAGAAAUCUUUGCUGGUUCGUGUGAAGAUCCAUCAAAGUACAUUUUCUGGGAUGGUGUGCACUACACUGAGGCAGCAAAUAGGUGGAUUGCCAAUCGAAUUAUUAACGGUUCAUUCUCAGAUCCACCAGUUCCCAUUAUACAUUCAUGUCACAAAUCGCUAGCAUAG